AUGCACAGUCGUCUCCAGGAGUUGAAGAAGGAAGAGGAGACUCUCCUCAAAAUCAAAGUCAUGCUACAAGACCAGCUCAACAGGUUAAAGUUUGAAGAAGGUGCCUUACAAUCAAUUAUUAAUGCGCAAAAUGAGGAAGGGGCACCCGAAUGCCAAUCUCCAGAAAUUGAGAUUGUCAACCUCGAUGAUGAGAACAAGAUCAACUGCACCAAGCUUCUGCUAAAUACUGCUGCUGAAUAUGAUAUGGAGAAGGAAGAGGAAGAAGAUGAGGACGAAGAUGAGGAUGAUGAUGAGGAAGAGAAUGAAUAUGUCAAUCAGUAUGGCUUUGUGCCCGAUGGGGAUGAUGAAGAUGACGAUGAUUACUGA